AAAGAUGGCAUAUUAUUACUUUAAGAUGUACCAUCUUCUGGCUCUGUACCUGAUCUCAUGUGUUGUUCCUCUUUCCUUAGCACAAGACUUCAAUUUGCCAUUCAAAGCUGUGAAUCUUGGGAAUUGGCUUGUUACAGAGGGUUGGAUGAAACCUUCUCUCUAUGAUGGCAUUCCCAACAAUGACCUUUUGGAUGGAACACAAGUUCAAUUCAAGUCCACAAAGCUGCAGAAGUAUAUUGCACCAGAAAAUGGGGGUGGCAGUGGUUCCGUUGUUGUUGUCAACCGCGAUUCGGCCUCUGGUUGGGAAACUUUCAGGUUGUGGAGGAUUGAUGAAUCGUCUUUCAAUUUUAGAGUGUUCAACAAGCAGUUUGUGGGAUUGUCAAACCAAGACCAGGGAACCGGCCUAAUUGCAGUUUCAGAUUCACCUGGAAACACCGAAACAUUUCGGAUUGUAAGGAAUGAUGGUGAUCGAAAUAGAGUUCGCAUUCAAGCAUCCAAUGGUUUAUUUCUACAGGCAACAUCAGAGACACAAUUGACUGCAGAUUAUGGAGGCUCAGGUUGGGAAGAUGAUAAUCCAUCUGUCUUCAUAAUGACAAUAUUAAGUGACAAGACCUUAAGAGGUGAAUACCAAAUCACAAAUGGCUAUGGUCCAGAUAAGGCUCCUCAAGUGCUGCAGGAUCACUGGAACAGUUACAUCACCGAAGACGAUUUCAGGUUCUUAUCAUCGAACGGCUUGAAUGCGGUGAGGAUCCCAGUUGGAUGGUGGAUUGCAAAAGAUCCAACACCACCUAAGCCUUUUGUUGGAGGCUCCUUGCAAGCCCUGGACAAUGCUUUCACAUGGGCACAGUAAGAGUAGUUGCAACUUGUUAUAAAGUUA